ACAAUUCGAUCACAAUAAUCACCCAUUACGAAAUCGACCGGAACGUAUAGGAAUAUGGCUCUCAAGUUACGUUUAUGGUGGAGCUGCGGCGAAUGUCAUGAGGAGAAAUAUGGCACAUCUAGUGUACAGUGUGCUACUUCUGGCGUCGUUCCUCGCCACGCCGACGGAAUCCCAAACGCUGCUAGAAACGCUGAAGAGCUUCGGGCCGCCGGCAGAGGCCUUGAACAGAGCCGAUCCUAACAACAAGAUAUACGACUUCAUCAUAGUAGGCGCCGGUUCCGCUGGCUCUGUUCUUGCCAAUCGUCUCUCGGAGAACAAGAAAUGGAACGUGCUGCUCCUGGAGGCGGGGGGUACAGAGACGCUGCUUCACCAGAUCCCGAUCCUCGUCUCGUACUUUCAACAGUCGAACUACAACUGGGGCUAUAACGUGGAGCCGCAGAAGAACGCCUGUCUGGGGAUGAUCAACCAUCAGUGCUCUUGGCCGCGGGGCAAAGUUCUAGGUGGCACCAGCACGCUCAAUUACAUGAUCCAUACGAGGGGGAACAGGCUCGAUUAUGAUAUCUGGGCCGCACUGGGUAACGAGGGCUGGUCUUACAACGAAAUCCUGCCUUAUUACAUAAAGAGCGAGAAAUUCAACGUGCCAGGUAUUUGGGCAGAUGAUAGCGACGAAGAAGAAUUAUCUGCCAGACCAUCGUUUAAAACUUUUGAUAAAGGACCAAAGAAUUAUACAGCUCCUGUUAAUUUCGUGGCAGGUGGUAUUCAACAAGCAGGAAAACCAAAAGAAGAGGAGGAGAAAGACGAAGAUGAUAGUGAUAAUGAAAAUACAAGUAAAUCGCAGAGAGAAUAUCCAAAUAGCUCUAGUUCUGAAGAUGAACGACCAAGCAUGGCACCGUUACGUGCAACCUUUUCUAUGAAUACCGAUGGAGACAUCGCUGGCUUACGUAGGAAAAAAAGUAAAGUGAAUCCCCUGCUCAUGCAAAGCGGAAUGGGUAGUUGGGAAGUUCAUACGAAAGGUAUUGGAGCAAAACUACUAUUACAGAUGGGUUUCGAACCUGGCAAAGGAUUGGGUAAGCAAUUGCAAGGUAUAAGUGCUCCAGUGGAAGUACAUCUGAGAAAAGGGAGAGGUGCCAUCGGUGCUUAUGGUCCAGAAAAAUGUCCAAAAGUGCCAGAAAAGAAAAAGGAAGAUGAUUUAGAGGAAGGGAAAGAUUCUAAGGGCAAGCUAUCACAGUGGCGAAAAGGAGACAGUAGUGCAACAAAGAAGAAAGUGAAAUAUGUUUAUCGAAGUGUAGAUCAGGUUUUGGAAGAUGGAAAAUUGAAACCUAAUAAGAAAGUGAGGGUAUCGAAUGAAAUGAGUAGAGUUAAGGUUAUAGACAUGACUGGUCCAGAACAAAGAAUCCUUAGUGGAUAUCACGCAAUAGCUGGAGGUCAGCAGAGACCCGAUGAAAACGUUGUAAUUACUGACAAGAAAUCCAAAGUUAAUUUUGCUCUACCAGAGCUUCAGCAUAAUUUGAAUAUACUUGUAGAUAUGUGUGAACAAGAUAUUAUACAAAACGAUAGACGCACAAGGCAUUUGAGUGAUAGAGUGGUUGCAUUGGAAGCAGAAAAGAAAAGUAUAUCGAAAGUUAUAGAUCAUCACGGUCAACUCAUCGAUACUUUAGAAAAUGUGUUAGAAAUUGUAGACAGGUUAAUGGAUGAAACCAAUCAGUUGUCUUUACAAGAAACUGCCGAAGCCUUCAAAGAUUUGCAAGAUAAGUACUACGAGGAAUAUAAAUUGUACGAGCUUGGCGAAUUGGCCAGUAGUUUUGUCGGUCCCAAGAUAAAGGAUUGCUUAGCCAGUUGGAAUCCCACAAUGCAACCAAAGCAACCUAUCAAAUUGUUUGAACAGUGGAAGAGUAUUCUGGAAAGUGGUACCACUACGCUUCAAACAAGAACUAUGCAUCCAUAUGAUCAACUAGUUUGGAACGCAUGGAUGCCAUCGAUUAGAGGCGCCAUUCAGCAGUGGGCUUGUAGACAGCCAGAUCCGCUUAUUGAAUUAAUAGAAAUAUGGAUGCCGUUGCUACCAGGUUGGAUACUGGAAAAUAUUUUAGAUUUAUUGAUUCUUCCAAAGCUUACUUUGGAAGUGGAAGAAUGGAAUCCUCUUACAGACACUGUGCCUAUCCACACGUGGAUUCAUCCUUGGCUACCAUUAUUACGGAACCGUUUGGACACCUUAAUAUAUCCAAUAAUCCGCCGUAAACUGGGUUCUGCAUUAGGUGGUUGGCAUCCAUCCGACAGAUCUGCAAGAUUAAUGCUGCAACCAUGGGCCAACGUCUUUGCAAAGGGAGAUAUGGAAGCCUUCCUAGUUAAGAAUAUAAUUCCAAAACUGCAAAUAGCGCUCUCAGAGUUCGUCAUAAACCCGCACCAGCAACACUUGGAUCAGUGGAACUGGGUAUACGAGUGGAAAGAACUGAUUCCAACUCAUAUAAUGGCCAGCUUAAUGGACAAGUUCUUCUUCCCGAAAUGGUUACAAGUUUUGGCCUUAUGGUUGAAUCAUUCCCCCAACUAUGAUCAAGUCACAAACUGGUACAUGGGUUGGAAAGGCAUGCUAAGUGAGAAAAUGCUCUCGGAACCACUAGUAAAAGAGCAUUUCAAGAAAGCGUUGGACUUGAUGAAUAGAGCAGUCAGCGGGCCACAGAGUCACCAACCGGGAGCAAUGGAGCAAGUUUCGUAUCUGACAAGCUUAGAAAGAACUCAACCCACAAUGUCGCAGAUGCCAGCAAAUGCUCAGCCAAGGAUGGAGAGGCUCGCAGAGGCAGUGAGAACAGCAUCGCAAAUUCCUCAAGGCUUCAAGGACCUCGUGCAGAAGAAGUGCGAGGAAAGAGGCAUCCUAUUCAUGCCAAUACCAAAUCGCUACAGAGAAGCGAAACAAGUAUACAAAGUGGGCAACGUGCAAGCCUACAUAGACGGCAACGUCUUAUUCGUGUGCCACAACGGCAUGAAUUGGCUGCCGACGCAUUUAAACGCACUGUUAGAUAUGUCUGAACUUUAGGCACAAUCGAAUUCUAGGUCUAGAAAGUAGUUAGCAUACAUGUAAUUAUUUAUUGUAUCUAUAUUGUAAAGUAUUCUGUAAGAAACAUUGAAAGUUGCAUUAUGUACAUUGCACAUAGUUUGUAAAACGAUUGACAUGUUUUGUACGGUCCAUGCUGUAUAAUAAAUUAUUAUACCAGCAUACUA